GGCUCACCUCCACGAGGGAAGUGUUGGUAGCUUGGGAGCAGGUAGACAAUGAUGAGGGCCACACUGACCGGCAAGUACGAGACCGACAAGGACGAUGGCAAGGCCUCCACCAUCCUUACCAUCAACACCAACGUCGGCGACGCCAAGCUCAAGGCCUCCGUCACCAACGCCCUCGUCGUCAACACCGCCAAGGACUCGCCCCCGAAGUUCUCCUUCACCUUCGAGAAGCCCGACUCCUUCUCCGUCGUGUACUCUCGCAAACAUGACGCCAAUCGUCAAAGUGAUGAUCCUCCGGACGUCCAGUUCAAGUUCAUGAACGCCAUCAAGGUGAUGGAGAAGACGGUGGAGCUGGAGUACACCCACGGGAUGCCGGAGAAGAAGACGGCGGUGGGGGGGUCGGUGGCGUUGAACCCGCGGAACAAGGUGGCGGUGAGCCACGUGCUGGGCACCAGGGACUGCAAGGUGAAGUACAAGUACGAACACGGCGAGCGGGUAAGGACGGCGGUGGAGCCGUCCUACGAAGUAGCCGCCAAUGCGUGGGGUCUGGACGUGUCGAGCAAGUUCGAGGGCGGCGACGCCGUGAGGGCGAGCUACCGGACGGCGGCCAAGACGGUUCAGCUGGAAUGGAGUAGGAACUCCAAGGUCAAUGGCACUUUCAAGAUUUCUUCAUCAUUCAAUGUGAUGGAUCCCAAGAUAAAUCCAAGAUUCAUGGCUGAAAGCACAUGGAGCUAUGAUUUCUGAUUUCUAGGCUUGGAAGGAAGUCUUCCAGAGCAGUUUGGAGGUCUCUUCCUCAUUGAUUGAAGUUGAUUUCAGAAUUUUAAUUUUAGACUGUGGACUUCUUUUGAAUGCUAAUUGUGUCUAUUAUAAGCUGAUGUAAUGGUGUUUGUCACAUUGCCUGCAAGAAUAAUAAUAUCUGCUUUU